UUCCGGUUCACCGUAGUGACUUGUGUGUUUUCAUAAGACUUGUCUGGUUGGAACGCAGGCCUGUAUGUUAUCGCACCAUAAGAAACACAUUGGAUUCUUCUUACAAACGACACCUUCGAUAUCUUAACUGUCUUCAAUGACUUCAAUGUUCAGAUAUUGAUAUAAAAAUCUGUGGAUGGCACAUCAGGGGGCCAUCUGAAAGCAUCCUUUGGGCCUGCACCAGCACUUUCAGUCCACAAUGACCAGUCACUUCCGUAGUUACAUCUGGGACCCCAUCCUGAUUGUGUGUCAAAUAGUGUUGAUGCAGUGUAUCUACUACAGCUUUCUGGGCUUAUGGUUGGCAGGAGUGGACAGUCUAGUGGAAACACAUCGCUCACUUGACCAAAUUUUCAGCUAUGAAGUCCUGGGUUUCGCAACAAUGCAGGGGAGGCUCUCAAUGAUGGCUUUUGUUUUGAACUCUCUUACCUGCGCUCUGGGCCUGUGGUUCUUCAUCCGCCGAGGGAAGCAGUGCCUGGAUUUCACCGUCACUGUGCACUUCUUCCAUUUAAUCGGCUGUUGGAUUUAUAAUUGGCAUCUUCCCUCCUCGCUGUCCUGGUGGCUCGUCAAUGUGGCCUGCAUGGCGUUGAUGGCGGUAAUCGGGGAGUACUUGUGCAUGCGGACUGAGCUCAGGGCCAUACCAGUCAAUUCCGGACCCAAGUCUAAUCUUUGAAUUUUUUUUUUUGGGACACGUGCUGAUGAUGAAUGGACAGUUGACUCCAUAAGGAACGUUUCUCACAGGAGGAUGAUUUUCCUCUGCUCAUAAAAAGUGAACAUUGAAACAAACAAACAAAAAAAAAAAGAAUAAAGUUGUAAUUUUAUGA